AUGAAUUUCAAAGACGUAAAUGAGACGGACACAGACGAGCGGGUUGUGUGUUGUGCUCGUGCGUACCUGCUAUAUGUCAUUGGGUGCACCCUUUUUUGUGAUAAGUCAGGUGGGUUCGUACAGCUUGACCUCCUUCCACUAUUGGAGGAUUUAGAUCACGUUCAUACGUACGGAUGGGGCUCUAGUUGCUUGGCAUAUUUGUACAGAAAUCUUGGUUAUGCGAGUAGGAGGAAUGCAAAGCAGAUUGGUGAAUUUCUUAUUUUACUAGAGGCGUGGAUAAACGAGCACUUCCCAACGCUACAUGCUGUUGUUGACCCAGAGUACACAAAAGAACUUCCACGGGCACGACGUUGGUGUCUGCAUAGCGAGAGUGGCACAAGUGUACAGCAUUACCGGCGCGUGUUGGACAACUUACUUGUAGAUGAGGUGAUAUUUGACCCGUACAAGGCCCGCAGGCAAAAUGUCUCUGAGAUUGCUUUCUACACUGGUCCCAUUCGUGCCAUGUCCUAUGUGGAGCCAUACCUCCCCGACAGAGUCUUGAGGCAGUUUGGACUAUUGCAGCGAAUACCCGCAGACCCUAUAGCACCUCAGCGUGCAUCGCGAGGCCAGCACACCUACAACGUUGUUUACGAAUGGACUGAAGGUUUUUGGUCUAGCCCUGACUACCACUUGGUGCCUGAGGAUAAGAGAGAGCCUACACCACCUGGGAUUCCUUGGGCGUGUACUGAUGACUACAUUCCGUGGUUGAGGGUGUUCUCGCACCCGAGGGUGGGACAUGGUUUGGCACCUGGUGGAGGGCGUGUUAGGCAGGGUCGUGAGGAGCAGGUUCGGGUUGUGUUGGAUGUGGUACACAGGGCUUUGGGCGAUACCGAACUUGGAGCUGUUGAGUUGCGGCAGGCACUGCAGGACGUAGAAGCUAUUUUACGGCCCACAUUUGUUACUUAG